UCAAUAAAACGUAAUUGUUUGCAUGGCCAAACUAGAUAACAAUUUUUGAUCCGCCUUUAUCGUGGGAAAAAUAAAUCAUGUUGUGAGGGAAAUUUCAACAUCUCGUUAGGGAUUACUGCUUUCUAAUGCGACAGAAUACUUUUUUCACACCACGAGGUUUGUUUCUAUUUGGUUUCGUUACAUCUGGGAUUUUAUUUUAACUCACAACAGCGCUUCGUGUUCUUCGUUUAUAUUUGUGACGAUUUUUGGUUUAUUGACGGUUGAUUUAUUUCGUAAUGAAAGAUGGUUCUUGUGUUAUAUAUGAUGGAAAUAAGUCCUCCUUGCAGGGCUGUGUUGAUGACAAUUAAAUAUCUAGGAAUCCAAGCGGAGCUUAGAGAGGAGAAUAUUGUGAUAGGGAAUCCUCAAAAACAUCAGGAAUUCUUGAAGAUAAAUCCAAGAUCUUGCGUGCCAACCAUUGAUGAUGAUGGAUUUUACCUAUGGGAAAGUCGUGCCAUAAUGACCUACCUAGUGAAUAAGUAUUCUCCUUCAAAUGCUAUUUAUCCUAAAGAUGCGAAGAAAAGAGCUGUCGUCGACAUGAUGUUGAAUUUCGAUCAAGGUACACUCUACAGAUCUCAAGUAGAAUUCAUGUAUCCCUUGAUAUUUCGAGGAGAAUCUCCGGACAUAGGCAAAGAGACCAGUUACAAGCAUUCUCUACAAUACCUGGAUCAGUGCCUGGAGAGAAAUCCAUACGUUGCUGGCAAACAUUUAACAUUAGCUGAUCUAUCUAUAGUGGCUAGCAUCUCACUCGCAGAGGCGUAUGAUUAUAACUUUAGACCUUACCCCAACAUUUCUGGAUGGCUCAAGACGUUGAAGUGUGAGCUGCCUUUUUAUAGAGAAGUGAAUGAAAUACCAUUGAUGCAGUUCAAAUUCUGGUAUAGGCCAUACAUGGAUUAUGACAACGAUGAUACAAUAACUAAUGGCUCCUUACCUGCAUGUACAAGAAUGUGAUACCCUAUGCCAUACCUAUGUUUUACGAUACCAGAAGCUGCCAAAACGUGUUUCGUUUGAACAUAUUUCAUUUGUUGCAUUUACAACUACUGUUUCACCUCCAUUUUUUGUUUAAGUAUGAAAUAAAAGCUAUUUUAUUACUGUUUUUU